AUGUCAAAGAAGCCUGCUCUUAUUAAGACGUAUGGAAGACACAAAUAUCGAACUGUCAAGGCGCAAACCUGGCUGUCGCCCGAAGAAGCAGUUUAUUCGCCAUUUGAAAAUCGAGAGCAACAAGCUUUCCCCUCCAAAAUCGAAUCUGCGUCUUCAAAUUUUUCAAGGCCAAAGACAACUUUAUGGUAAGAUUAUAUCUUAAAUAUCUCGAAAUCCUUUUUUAUUCUAUCUAGAACUAAGCUUAUCAUCGCAAUGAUAAGUUGUCCCCACUUUUUUGGCGAGAAUCGUGGACUAGUCUGCCGAGUAAUUUUUGACCAAUUUAUAGUUGUAGGUAUGCAUCGUCAUAUCAUUUCUUGACAUUUUUUGUUUUUAUUCUUUAGGGGCAAAACUGCAAAAAGGGCUACAAUUUACCAACAAAAACCAAGGAAUGCACAAAAUGGUAUAUUCACUAGAUCUUUAGCCCUGAAUUCCAAUGCUGAUAAUUCAGACAAAGAAAACAGUCCAUCAAGACAGCUGGGUACAGGUCUCAAUGAACAAAGUUCCAUUCUAGUUAAUGAUACUGUAAAAAGUGACAUUCUUGCAAAUGACACUUUCGAAAGCAACGAAGAUAGCAGUUGUCAAAUUUUAGGGGAAGUUAUCUGUGUUCAAGACAGUAAAGAAUGUAGCAUAUCACCUGACUGCAGAUCACACCACAAAAAUUCUUUUACACAUUUUAAAUGCAACAGUUCAAGCAACAGUUUCCCUGGAAGCAUCUUUGAUGUUAGUAAUGUGUUAUAUAAUUCUAACACAAGUCCCAUGGACAUUGGUUCUAAUGGUUUUGAAAAUAGGGACGGUAGUAGCUCGAAAAGUAACACCUCAGGAUUUGAUAGACAUCAACCUUAUGUCACUUCAACACCUUUGUGUGAAAACAGUUCUCUUGAGGUAAUUAUUAGACGUCCAAGUAAGUCAAAUAACAACAAGGUCAAGUUUUUGGAUGGUAAAGUUGUGUUAAAGCCACUCAGAAUAACUCCAAUUCAGUGGAAAAAACGUUUGUCUGCAACAUCCAAUGAUAAAGCAGAGAUAAACAAGAACAGUGUUCAUACACCAUCGAACACAGAUCAAAAUACAGAGCAUUUGCAAUCUUCAGGGAGAAGUGCUAGUGGUAAUUUCUCUUCAGAGUUGGUGGUUUCUCUCGAGAAACUGAGGAUUACGCCUUUGAAAAAGAAAAGAAAAACAGAGAAGUGUCAACUUUCAUUUGUGGUAAGCAGUUCAAUUGAAUAAUAAUAUUAAUUUUUAUGGACAAAACACUUACUUACGUGAUUAAAUUUGGGAUCAUGCUGUGCAAUAACAUCCAAUCUGCUGUCGGUUUCAGAAAGCUGUUUUGAAAAUUAUUGGACAACAGAUUUGUAAAUUAAUUGCCCCUUAGAUGAAAAGCUGACCGGCAAUUUAAACCAUGGGUUAACUUAUUAAAGCUUUGGCCAGCGUUUGAUGGUAAUAAGAACAGGACUAUAACAGCCUGCAAUGUCAUUUGGUAUCUUUAAAUCGUAAAGAAAUGCCUUCUUGUAAAUGAAGAGUAUUAAAGUUGUCUUUUAUCAUUUGAGUGUUCCAUAUGGAGAGGCCAAUUUCGUUGCAUAUGACUUGGCUAGUUUGAUUGGUGUUGCUUGAUGCAAAGGUUUUUUGGAGGUUACUGCGUCAGCAUUGUAGUAUGGGCAUUGUUGUCAAUUUUUAUAGGCCCAUAAUGCAAGGGGCUUUUAUAUUAAAUUGUAUGUAGAUCACUGACUAAAAUAUGAGUAUAAUUAUUACUCUAGCAGGAGUGAACUUUGAACAAUACAAGAAUAGUGUAAUGAAGGGUAUAUUUUUUUUGCAUAUUAAUAAAUAUGGAUGGUGAUUGCACCAUCAGCAACACUACAGGGAUCAGCAAAACCUAGAUCGGAGCUGAUCAGAUGAACUUCAACUGACAGUCACUCACUGACAUGUAUUGGGUCUAGAGUGGUUGACCCAAACUGAUCUGAUCCAUGAUGUGCGGCAGUUGGUUUAACACUCUUAUUACUAUAUAAAUUGAACCCAACAAACUGACCUGCGCCCAAUGUACGAGUCUUUAUAGCUCAGUUGGUAGAGCGCUGUAGCACUAACGCAGAGGCCAUGGGUUUGAAUAAUUAUUCCAUUAAAGCCCCCCCCCCCCUUCCCCUCCCCCUUUUUUUUGUUCAGGUAAAUUUGUAAUUGCUUUGUUGUUUAAUAGUAACACAACUGUGACUAUCAUUAUAUCUUCAUUGAAAUACUCUUAUUACCUAUAAACUUAAGGAAGCAUUGACUCCUGCUAAGAAGAACCAAAGUGGCCAUGGGACUGUCGAUCAGUUGAGUGCUUUUGACAAAGUAUUGGCUGAAUGUGAUCAAGAAGCACCAGUUAAAUUUGCAGAUUUUCUUGACUCCAGGUACAGUUGCAUGUAUUUAUUAGAAUUAUUCAUUCUGCGACUAGCAUUGCAUUGAAUGAAAUUUAUCACUUAUUUAUCCCCAAUUAACUUUUAUCUGACUGAAAACCUAAAUUUGUUAGUUUUCUUGAGGCAUAAUGUUUUUACAGUGGACACCAAAUGAGUGGCUUGUUACAACUAAAAACAAUUAUCUUGUACUUUUUGCAUCUUUGAUUAAAUUGUGAUACUGUUAGAAUGGUUGAUACCAUAUUCUAGUCUGAUGUUGGUAAGCCUGAUACCGUGAGGCCCCAGUCUGAUGAAAUUCAUUUGGGACGAAAAAACAAGAAGUCUUUUGUCAAGGCUUCAUCCUUUAAUACCCCGUCCAUAUUGCUGUUUUUGAGGUACGUCAACAUUCUAUUAGGAUUCCAUUGUAGAUAAGACAGCUUUUGGCUUAUCUUGAGAUGGCUGAAAUUAGCUAAUUCUUUUCGCAGUUUGCUGGAGAGUUGUGUUAAGAUUGGAGAGGGAGUUUAUGGUGAAGUUUUUAAAGCACAGUAUGAAAAUGGGGAGUCUAUUGCACUCAAGGUAGUAGCAUUUGUAGCUUCCAUAACAACAGACUUUAUAUUUUGUGUGCUUUAUUAUAGUCAUUAUAAAAAAUAAAUAUAAUCAUGAGACAAUGAGUUUCAUGUGUAACUUUUCAAAUCUUCACUUAUGUAAAACCCAUCUUUUUAAACUUGCUUUUGUCACAUUGUAUGUAGUAAUGUUUUUAACCAUAUCAUGUAGUAUAAAGUGUUUUAUUUAUAUUUUUAGCUAAAAUUACUAUGUACAUUUGAGCUUUUAUUUGCUUUUUAACAUUUAUAGACUGAAUUGUCACGUACUUUUGAUCAUAUUCACAUAGAAAUUUGCAUUUUUUUAGAUAAAUUUUUACUUAAGUUAUUAUUACUGACGUUAAUUUUAAAUAUGUCACUGUUGUAAGUUGCAAUCUUGAGUCUAUUAAUUCACCAACCAUUCAAAGCAUCUAGCAUCGUGAGGUGUCUCAUAGCCAUUUGCCCUCAUUGCCUGAAGAAGAAUAUAAAUAAGCAGUGCAAAUGUUGCAAUCUACAUUGCAAGUGACUACUUACCUACAGCUGUUGUACUGCUGACAUGAAGUAAUGCUGAACUUCUCGAACUUUCCUAUAAAAAUAUCUUGCUCCUUUUGUAUAUCAAUCUUAGAUCAUUCCAGUGGAGGGAGAUUUUCCAGUAAACGAUGAACCCCAAAAGUCUUUUGAGGAAAUCCUACCUGAAAUUGUGAUUUCCAAGUAAGUCCUCUUUCCAUCUGAUAUUUCAAAAUUAUCAUUAUGUUUCCGCAACAGUGAUACAAAAUGCAACAUUCUUUAACAUUUUGUUAAUAUUUUGCUAGGGAGCUGAGCUUACUUGGAGAUGCUAAUGAACAGGUGAGUUUUUUUGGUGAAGGGGAGCUGGGAAGGGAGAAUUUCAACUCCUUACUCUCCACCCCCACCCCGACAGUUCCUAUCAGUUUGUGCAUUGCAAUCCCCUCCAUGGCCAUUAUUUACUAUUUAACCUUUGUUUGUUUGCGUUUAAACAGGAUCAAUCGGUAGACAACAUAUCUGGAAGUUUCAUAACAGUUCACAGGUUGGAGAAAUUAAACAUUUUUCUAUUCGUAGGUGAAGCUAACCAGAAAUACUUGUCUCGCAAAACCUCGCGCUUCCCAAGGCGAAUAGGAAAACCCAAGUAUAUGACCCAUUUCGACGGGGACAACAAAGGGCUGCCUUUGGCAGGAGCGCAGCGUCCAUAAACAGUACUCCCAUGCGAACAGCCGAUGAUUUUUAUCAUUUAAUCGGGAUGACUGAUAACUUUUUUGCAUUUCAUUGGUGUCUUUGUGUUAGUAUUUCCUUUAUCCUUUUUAUAUUAUUCCACAAAAUACGGCAAGAAACGUUAUGGGGUGAAAAACUUAAAAAUGUGCCCUUCAUUGACCCCUCCACAGCAUUUUCCUUGGCGUUUAUUUGGUGAAAAUGUCCAGCAAAAAGGCGGGAUAUGGCAUUUCGGGGACCCUAACUUCCCUAAAUUUGCUGAAGAAGUAUGCUCCCACACUCCCUCUCUAACUUUUCUUCCCGUGCGUACAUCCUCCAAAUCUGGCUGGGUGACCAGCCACAAUCAUCAAGCAUAUUUCAUUAUUUUCCACCGUCGAUGAAGAAUAAACGGCAAGUUCGCGCACAGCCUCACCCAUCAAAAAAAUGCCGAGGCACAAAACUGCAACCAGCCUUUUAAUCUAAUGGCGGGGAAAAGGGACUACUUCAUUGUGGGUUCAAAAGUGUAAACGAACUCCAACGUGAUUGCUAGUACAAAAAAAAAUGAUUCAUGUGCUAGUGCUUGAGCUUAUGUUUUGUACGUCCAAACCGUUGUCAAGGUGAAAUAGGCUGUGGUUAAUAUGAUAGACUGCGCGCAGGCUCUUUUAUUUGAGUCACAGUAGAUCAUUAAAGCACGCGAAAGGAACGAGGGCGGAACGGGAAGCCCACCCAAUCUCUCCUCCUUUUAACAGUUGAAUUUAAUCUUACUUUUUCGCUCGCCGCGCGUGGCUCUUAGGGAAGAAGGACGACCAUUCACGGUCCUUGCUUUAGCUUUAAUGAGGGGGUAACUGAGAUAAUAUAGCGAAAAAAGUUCAUAGUUCGCGGCGUUUCUGUUGCUUUAUCUCCAGCUGGGUGAGCUUUUCAAGUCAAGUUGUAUGAUCAGUUUCUUUCGAGCCUUCAAAUUGUGCCAAAAACUGAAGUGAAACUCACUAUUUUCCCUUUUUUUCAGUGUCACUUGUUGCCGUGAUAAAUACCCGAAGCAUCUUAUUUCAGAAUGGGACAAAUGGAAUGAAGAAAACAAUUCAGAGAACGAUAGACCAGGUUGAUAUUGAGCUAGAGUGCCAAACUUGCCUUGCAACUGCAACGCAGUAAACCCUUUGCAACUUGCUAUACAAUAAUAAGUGAAUUUCGGGAAAAACGUUACACUUUUUUACACUGUUCGUUUGUUCGUUUCAUGUUUCUUACUUUCUUGUAUGUUGAGUACCUUUUCUGUUUUAUCCGCGACAGAGAACCUGCAUUUUCUCGAGUUACCCUGAACAGGUUCUUACAAACCAAACGAAACUAGCAAAAAUUAGGGCUAUUGAGGGUCUUAAAUAGGUUUUUAUUUUCCGAUGAAAAAAAUAAAGAGGGUAUUUAGAAGUGUUCAGCUCAUUCCUAUGGUAAAACCUGUAUACCAUCACCAUUGCAGUUGGAGUAAGUAGGCAUCUAUGUCUCCAAAGAGGAUCCUGAAUGUUGACUUAUCUUAUUUGCCUAAGUGUACAUGAUUUUAUAGAUUUAAAAAGUAAGAACCUGUUUCAAAUUCUAGGCUGAACAGGUUCUUGUAUUUGCCUAACUGACAAAUUUUAUCCUAGCAGGUUCUUAAUAACCAGGUUCUUACUGUAUUUUACCACAGUUUUUUUUUAACCACCGCUCAAUUCACUUCCAUUUUCUACCCAGAUAUCUUUCCAAAAGACCAAUAUUUCAUUGUGUUUGAAUUCUCCAAUGGCGGAAGAGACCUGGAAGGCUUUGAGUUUGGCGCCAUGGCAGAAGCCUGGAGUGUUCUACACCAGACCGCGCUCGGUCUAGCAGUGGCCGAGAACGCGCUUGAAUUUGAACAUCGUGAUCUUCAUUGGGGCAAUGUGCUGAUCAGUAGGACUGAAGACGAGUUUAUCGAGAGCUGCUUACUUGGGGAAAGAAAAACAGUGCCUACACAUGGCGUCCGUGUUAGCUUGAUAGAUUUCACUCUUUCAAGGCUUAAGAAGGGUAAUAAAACGCUACUCAUGUUAAACCUAAAACUGAGGCCUUCGGACCUUUAAAUACGUCUAGAAAACCUAAUCUUCAUUCAGACAAAAUAAGCUAACGAAUUCGAAAAGGUGGUAUAAUUAGGUGGUUGUUUAUACUCAAACUUUUAAAAUAUAAUAGAGACCAAUCAAAACCUUAAGUUUGAGAUUUGAAGACCACUACGACUACGACGACGAUAUUUUCGCGUAUUCUCAAAAAAAUAGACUCACCGAAAAGUCAACAUGGUUAUUUUUAUUGAAAGAGUAUAAGCCCUCUCCCAAUUACAAAAUUAUAAAACUUCUAACACUUUAUAACUUGUAUCCGUCACUUCUACUUUUUUUGCUAAAUCUCGUAGUUGAAUGACGACUGCCAUAGCGUUUUGCCGCCAAAAUGACGCUGGUUCACGCGCGCGCACUAAGAUUGAGAAAAUCUCGUUCUCGUUCUCGUAGUAGUCCUAGGGGUCCUACGUAGUCCUAGCGUUAGCUUUAGAUUCUGAGACGAGAACGACUACGAGUACGAGUUUUCCUCAAUACUGAGUAUUGCUCACGCGUGAACCAGCGCCAUUUUGGCAAGGGAAAUCUUUGUGCUCGAAGAGUUAAGUGUGGUCAAGUCUUUAACCUGCUUGUUGUUAUGUUUUCCUUCCACUAGAUGGUGUAACUGUAUUUUGCAACUUGGCCGAGGACAAAUCACUCUUUACUGGCAAAGGAGAUUACCAGUUCGACGUGUAUAGAUUAAUGAAAAAGACAAACCAGUAAGGGUCAUAUCUUUGAAACUUAACCUAAGUAGAGUUAAACCAUGAGCUCAUGGUUAAACCUUUCCCGAAUUGAAACGUUUUCAACAUGACACUGAUUUCUUGAUCAACAGAAAUGACUGGGAAACAUUUGAACCACACUCCAAUGUCCUCUGGCUUCACUAUCUCGCCGACAAAAUGUUAAAGAAGAAGAAAUACGCCGCCAAAGACAAAGACACAGAGACGAAGCUUAGGAGAUUCCUAAGACAAGCGCGGAAGUGUUCUUCAGCCACGGAGAUUGUCGAAGACUUUUUUCAUUGA